GGCAUUAUUGCCUUGUUAACGUAAAUAAUAUAGAUUAUGGCUGGAUCGCCGGGCACUGUUAUCGCGAUUCUGCUGUUUGUCAUCAGAGACACGGUGCUAGCUAAUAAUACACGAAACGUGCUAAUACUUCUUGCCGAUGAUGGCGGCUUUGAACUCGGCGCUUAUCUAAACAAAAUUUGCCAAACACCAAACAUCGAUGCUCUCGUUAAACGUGGCGUCAUCUUCAACAACGCCUUCACAUCAGUCAGCAGCUGCUCUCCGAGUCGAGCAUCACUGCUGACGGGAACUCCAAGUCAUCAAAAUGGGAUGUAUGGGCUGCAUCAUGGUGUUCACCACUUCAACUCUUUUGACAAUAUAACCAGUUUGCCAAAUAAGCUGAGCGAAAUCGGUGUCUACACUGGUAUAAUUGGAAAAAAGCAUGUCGGUCCCCGCGAUGUAUACCGCUUCGACUUUGAACAAACCGAAGAGAAUAACAACGUUAAUCAGGUUGGACGUAACAUAACGUACAUGAAGCUUCUCGCUCGCGACUUUCUGGCUGAAGCUAAUAAACAAAACAAACCAUUCUUCCUCCUCGUUGGCUUCCACGAUCCCCACCGAUGCGGGCACAGUCACCCCGAGUGGGGCCCGUUCUGUGAGCGGUUCGGUUCUGGCGAGCCUGGCACCGGACGUAUCCCGGACUGGACGCCGUGGUACUACCAGUGGGAUGAGGUACAGCUGCCGUACCACGUGCAGGACACCGAAGCAGCGCGAAGGGAUGUCGCGGCACAAUAUACUACCAUGUCACGGUUAGAUCAAGGUGUCGCUUUGAUUCUUAAAGAAAUAGAAGCUGCUGGUCAUAAUGAUAAUACAUUAGUGAUUUACACAUCGGACAACGGCAUACCAUUCCCGUCAGGUCGGACUAACCUGUACGACCCCGGUCUCCGGGAGCCUCUGAUAAUGUCCUCACCUGAACCGAACGCGAGGAAGAACGAAGCGUCCGGAGCUAUGGUCAGUUUGCUGGACAUCGCGCCUACCGUGCUAGACUGGUUCGGUGUUAAGGAGGAACAAGAAAUGAGUAAUGAUAUAUGGGGGGAAGGCGAACCUAGAAGUUUGUUACCAAUUCUAGAAAAAGAGCCAAAGCCCAGUGAAAGUGACGUGGUGUUCGCGUCGCAGACCCACCACGAAGUCACCAUGUACUAUCCGAUGCGUGCAGUACGCUCGCGCCGCUACAAGCUCAUACACAACCUCAACUACGGCAUGCCCUUCCCCAUCGACCAGGACCUGUAUGUGUCCCCUACUUUCCAGGAUAUCUUGAAUCGCACUCGCAGUAAGCAGCCUUUGCCAUGGUAUAAGACCCUCAAGCAGUACUACUACCGCCCGCAGUGGGAGUUGUACGACCUACGCGCUGAUCCUCUAGAACUCAAGAACUUACACGGCAAGCCGUCUGUAGAGGCGGCGGAGAGUUCCCUCCGCGACCGCCUGCGCGCGUGGCAGCGCCGCUCGCGCGACCCCUGGCUCUGCGCGCCCGGCGCCGUGCUGGAGCGCGCCGAGUGCCGAGCGCUCGACAACGGCCUCUCGCACUUCCUCCACUGAAUUCAAAAUGCCUCAGCAAUUCACUAGCUCCAUUUAAAAUAGGACCGUAUUACCGUACAAUAAAGUAAAAAACUGCGCCAGGGAGGUCCUCAUUAUGUCAAAUUUAACCUGUUGUGUAUUGAGACGAGAGAUGGUUUGCACACAGUGUAACCAUAUGGUAGCUCCAAUUUUUUAUCUGAAUU